CUCUAUGAGGCCAAUGCAGUCGGAGAGGUCAAGUACCUGGCUCAGGCGCCCAUGGCCUGUGACAUCUUCGGAUUAACUAACGGAUCCGUCUACGCCGAGUCCAUCGUCCUGUACCUGCUGUCCGAGGCCGAUGCCAACAACGUGACCGCUGAGAUAAUCCUAGCCCAUCUCUUCUCCGGCUACAACAUCAUUGGUGGCUUUGGGAUCCUCGGCCCGUGGACCAAAAUUAGGGGUAAGGUGGUUGGUCGGAUUCUGAUUGGUCAACCUUUUUGCCGCUAG